AUGGAGCCCCUACCACUGCCAUCAAACCUGGACGAGGCCGAGUCGUUGAUAUUGGCGCUGUACCGGCCAGCGCCGCCUGAGGUAAUCUCACGGACCCAGGACGCACUGCAGCGCCUCCAGCGCUCACAGCUGGGAUGGCAAUUCGCACACGGCAUGCUGGAGCGCCCGGACGACCAGGUCAAGUUCUUCGGCGCCCUCACCAUCAUCAUCAAGCUCAACACCGAGAGUUCGGCCCUGGCCGAGGACGAUGCGAGGCAGCUGCUCCAGAGCCUGAUCGGCUGGCUCGUCCGGUCCCUGGCCGACGGCAGCGGCGCCCUCGUCAUCCGCAAGCUGGCCUCCGCCCUCGUCACCUUCUUCAUCCACUUCCCCCACCUCUGGCCGGGAUGCGUGCACCACCUGCUCUACUGCUUCGACGCUGGCCGUGCGGUGCCAAGGGAUGAGGCUAAGAAUGCCCCUACUUCGGCCCUGCUCGCCGCCCUUGAUGAGACGAGGUUGAUGGCUGCUAUCUGGUUCAUUACUGUGUUCGUCGAGGAGAUUGCAAAGACCGAGAUGAAGUCACAAAAAUACUUAGCAGUACAUGAAAGCCUUGCCCAGAACUCAGACGAUGUGACAGCCCUCUUGGCUUGUGGGCUAUGCAAUACCUCUCCCAGCGGCAUCAGGAUUCGCGAAGAGACGAUCAAAUGUUUGCAGUCUUGGAUUCUCUACGAACAGCGGCUUCCAUCGUCCGACGACACGCUGACCAAGCCUCUGCGCAAUCUUAUAAUCCCAGCACUGGAAUGCAUACAAACCGAAGAGCUGACCGAGACGACAAUGGAGCUGUUCAUCGACAUCCUUCAGAACUAUUCUGGUUUCCUGAGAGACGAGCAUUACGAAGCCCUCUUUGCCUUGUUUGAGAGUGACUGGUCCAGAGAUCGCUAUAUGCAGCUUUCUUCCGGUGACUUCGACUUUGCCUUCACGCAAUACGGCAUUCUGAUGAUUGCUUUCGGCGACGCAAAAGUGCAGACCCUUAUGGAAGACGUGGACGAGCGAUCGCAUAGGAUGCUUCAGAGACUUUGCGGCCUUCUGAACUGCAGUGGCGUUCUUGUUGCGGAGGACAAAAUCUUUGUUUCCGCCCUCGAAUUCUGGGCCACAUAUGUCGAGACUCUGACGGAUACAGUCUAUUUGGAGGAGGCGACGGCUUACAGCUGGUUGCCUUUUGCCAUGAGCCAGGUCAUGGACGCUAUCUCACACUGCUAUGGCAAGAUUCAGCUCGUCGAUCAUCCUACAUGGAGCGAGAUGGACUCCAAUGAUAGAGCUGGCUGGAUCGAGGCCAGGAAAGACGUCGCCGAUUUCUUGCUGGCGGUCUGGACUCUCAAGGGGAACUCCCUUGUGAGUACAUUCGUUGAUCUGCUUCUCCAAGCCUUGCCCGCCCGAGACUGGGCCCAGAUCGAGACCUCCCUCUUCUGUCUUGGAGCGAUCAGCGACUGUGUUGGGGACAGCGGAGACUGUGACCAAGACCUGCACAAGGUCUUCUCUUCUGAGUUGUUUCAACUCGUUGGCCCAGGACCGGCCAGGGCAACAAUACCGCCUCGCUUAUUGCAGACAAGCCUGUCUACAAUUGAGCGAUUCUCUGAUUUCUUCGAGCGUCACCAGCAGUACCUCCCUGCAGCUCUCGAACUCCUCUUUAAUGUUGUUGGCGAGGACGGCGCACUUGGAGGCUCUUCCUCCAAGUCAAUAAUGACGCUAUGCUCUUCCUGUCGAUCUUUGCUCAAGGACCACAUCGAGGGUUUCCUCCAGCAUUAUCGUCGCAUCCACGGCCUAGGAAUCGACUCAAUCGCAGAGGAGAGGAUUAUGACCGGUGUCGCUUCCAUAGUCCAGGCGAUCCCGGAAGAAGAGCGAAGACUGGGCUACCUUGAAGAUCUCAUCGCUUUACUUAACAAUGAUACCCAGCACUGCCUGCGCCUGAAAGAGCAUCCACAUUUGGCGAAUGAACCGGACAUGAAGUCAUGGGUCGAGACCAGGCUUCGAGCUGAUAUCCUGUCACAGAAACAUGCGCCAGCAUCCGUGGAUGAAGCUGCUCUCAUAAUAGCAGAAAGGAUUUUGAGGAGCGUAGCAAGCAUGGCCAAGGGCAUGCAGAGCCUCUCUGAAUCGCCUAUUGAGCUAGAUACUGAGGAGGAGAGGGUGCCGCAAAUCAGCAACGAGCGCCUUUUGGGCAUUCAGAACCAUAUUGUGACUAUGGUCAGCCAAGUACACCAGGCCUUCGGCCAUAGUGGUGAGGUGACAGAGACAAUCUGCAACAUCUUCCGAGCAGGCUUCUCCGAGACAGAAGCCGGCCCCUUCGUCUUUCCUCCAGCUCUUGUCAUUCAAUUCUUUACGCAAAACGGACCCAACAGCCCUAGGAUAGGCACCAUGAUCAGCACGAUGUGCUCUUUCGUGAGCUCCUUGAGCAAUCGACCCAGAGCACAGGUCCUGGAGUGCCUCGCUGCUCUACUACCAUGGGUGCUUGGCCUGUUGAAGGCGAUAUCGGAACCCGACAAUGAUCCCGAUUUGACGCAAAGCGGUAUUGACUUCUUGAAUCGCAUCAUGUCGCGGUACCCCGAGGCCCUCCUACAGCUCCAGCCGACCAGUGAUCUCGAAUUCUUCUUCAUGUUCGCGCUUAGAGUACUGGACGGAAAAGAGCCCCUACCGAAGGGUAGUGCCUGUGACUUCUGGUCUGCAUUCGUUGCCAUCAAGAGCGACGACGCUUCGGUGCAAGCCUGGUUCAGCAACGCCCUAGAACACCUCGGACCUCUCUUGACGCGGUCACUUGUGCAGAAUAUCGGCGGAAACGCCUCACGUAGUGAGCUGGACAAGCUGAGUGACCCGCUGAAGAAGCUUGUCGUCCAGCACCCCCGGGCGAAGCAGUGGCUCGAGGCUGCUCUGCUCGACCCGUCGUUCCCCAGCACGAAGGUGACCGGUGAGGACAAGUCCAUGUUCGCGAAGAAGAUCAUCAAGUAG